AUGGGCAAGUUCUGCUGGCUCCAAGUAACCAUCGGUGGGAAGCCGCUUCGAGAGAAGAUUGUGUUGGAGCUUUUCGAUGAUGUGACUCCCUUGACGUGUGCUAACUUCCGGGCACUUUGUACCGGUAACGAAGGGAAGGUCGUUGAAGGGACGGACACACCAAUGACUUACAAGGGUAGUACAUUUCACAGGAUUAUCGGCGGGUUUAUGAUUCAGGGGGGUGAUUUUACAAAGCACAAUGGCACAGGUGGGGUAUCCAUUUACGGUGAGCGUUUUGACGACGAGAACUUUGAUAUGCCAUGUGAUAAGGCCGGCUUACUAGCCAUGGCAAAUGCGGGACCAAACACCAAUGGAUCCCAAUUUUUCAUAACUGUAAACCCUGCGCACCAUCUUACUGGCCGGCAUGUAGUUUUCGGAAAAGUCGUGCGCGGAAUGAACACGGUACGCGCGUUGGAGUACGUUGAAACAGGUGCCAAUGACACCCCUCUUCAACCCUGUGUAAUUGCUGAUUGUGGGGUAAUGGAAUCACUUCCCGAUCCCGUGGAGCAAGUCGGUGGGGACAAAUAUCCGGACUAUCCGGAGGAUUGUUCUCCCGCACUGAGUGAUGCGGAACUCGUGAGAGCAGGGGAAGAGAUACGGCAAAUUGGAAACAAUCUGUUCAAGGGUGGCGACUACGAGAACGCCAUGGAGAAGUACGCGAAAGUAACUCGGUAUCUCAAAGCCGUCAAUAAAACCUCGGCAAAUGAGGGGACUAUUAAUGAAAUGUUGAUUGCUUGCCACAACAAUGCGGCAGCAUCAGCAGUGAAGCUAAGCAGGUGGUCGGAUGCGCGCAAUGCCGCCACGCGGGUUCUUGAUAUCGAUGGGUCAAACGUCAAGGCUCUUUUUCGACGUGGAACUGCCUGCCUUGGGUCAGGUGACCCUGAAUCUGCAAUCGCAGACCUUUCGAAGGCGAAGGCACUAGACCCGCAAAACACAGAGGUUGCUGCGAAGCUGCAGCAAGCAAAAGAGGCCGAAAAGGCUCGUACAGCCAAGUUGGCUUCCGGUUUGAAGAAGAUGUUUUCGUGA